UGCCCGCCGCAGCAGGGCUGGCCAGGCCGGGGGAGGGAAGCGAUGGGAAGGGGAGGUCGCCCCCUCCUCUCCCUCUGUGUGUUUUUUUUGCAGGUGUGUCAAUUUUAAUUCUGCCCAGUAGGUGGGACUUGGUGACUUUCGCACCGUUUUUGUUAUUUAUUUAUUUCCCCGGCUGCCUCCCCAGCCUCCCGUUGCAAUCCUCCGGAGCGGCUGGCGGGGAGCGGCGGGCGGCGGGCGCAGGGCGGCCGGGCCAGCAUGCAUCCCCGCCCGCUGCCGCUGCCGCUACCGUAGCGGGAAUUACAGCCUCUCCGAGCCAGCUGCCAGCAUGAUUUCAUCUGCUGGAGGAUUUUUGCAUCUGAUCGCUUGAGGUUUUGUUGGGUUUUUUUUGGUUUUUUGUUUUUUUUUUUCCUCCCUCUGUCUUUGUUUCCUUCCCCCCUUUCCCCCCCUUCCCCUCCCUCCAUCCCCCCUUUCCUCCUCCUCCUCUUUUUUAGAAGCAGCAAUCGGAGAUGGAUGUCUCUCUUUGCCCUACCAAGUGCACUUUCUGGAGGGUAUUUUUGCUCUGGAGCAUUUGGGGAGACUAUCUGCUUUCGGUGCUGGCUUGCCCUGCUAAUUGUCUUUGCAGCAAGACAGACAUCAAUUGCAAGAAACCGGAUGAUGGGAACCUCUUCCCUCUCUUGGAAGGGCAGGAUUCAGGCAGCAGCAAUGGCAACACGAGCAUCAAUAUCACGGACAUCUCAAGGAACAUCACUUCCAUACACAUAGAGAACUGGAAGAACUUGCAGACGCUGAAUGCUGUUGACAUGGAGCUGUACACGGGACUCCAGAGGCUGACAAUCAGGAACUCAGGACUACGAAACAUCCAGCCACGCGCCUUUGCCAAGAACCCUCACCUGCGCUACAUAGACCUCUCUGGGAACCGGCUCACUACUCUGUCAUGGCAACUCUUCCAGACCCUGCGACUCUUUGAACUGAGACUAGAGAGGAACCUUUUUAACUGCAGCUGCGACAUCCGCUGGAUCCAGCUCUGGCAGGAGAAGGGCGAGGCGAACCUGCAGUACCAGGAGCUCUACUGCAUGAACAUGGACGCAGCCAUCAUCCCUUUGCAGGAGAUGAACAUCACCCAGUGCGACCUCCCUGAGAUCAGUGUGAGCCAUGUGAACCUGACGGUGCGAGAAGGGGAGAACGCCGUCAUCACCUGCAAUGGCUCAGGCUCGCCGCUGCCCGAUGUCGACUGGACGGUGGCUGAUCUCCACUCCAUCAACACACACCAGACCAACCUCAACUGGACCAAUGUUCAUGCCAUCAAUUUGACCUUGGUGAAUGUCACCAGUGAGGACAACGGGUUCCUGCUUACCUGCAUUGCCGAGAACGUGGUGGGGAUGAGCAAUGCCAGUGUGCUGCUCACUGUCUACUAUCCCCCUCGCAUCCUAACUCUGGAGGAGCCUGUGCUACACCUGGAGCACUGCAUUGCAUUUGCAGUGCACGGGAACCCAGCUCCCACCCUUCACUGGCUGCACAAUGGCCAAGUCCUCCGGGAGACAGAGAUCAUCCACAUGGAGUUUUACCAACAAGGGGAAGUAUCUGAGGGCUGCCUGCUCUUCAACAAACCCACUCACUACAAUAAUGGCAACUACACGAUUGUGGCCACCAACCAGCUGGGCUCAGCCAACCAAACCAUCAAAGGACACUUCCUUGAAAAACCCUUUCCAGAGAGUACGGACAACUUUGUCUCAAUUGGUGAUUAUGAAGUGAGUCCCACCCCACCCAUCACUGUGACCCACAAACCAGAGGAGGACACUUUUGGGGUUUCCAUAGCGGUUGGGCUGGCAGCUUUUGCUUGUGUCCUCUUGGUCGUCCUCUUUAUUAUGAUCAACAAGUAUGGCCGGCGGUCCAAGUUUGGGAUGAAAGGUCCUGUGGCAGUGAUCAGCGGAGAGGAGGAUUCAGCCAGUCCCCUCCACCACAUCAACCAUGGCAUCACAACGCCCUCGUCCCUGGACGCUGGCCCGGACACGGUGGUGAUCGGCAUGACCCGCAUUCCCGUCAUCGAGAACCCCCAGUACUUCCGACAAGGUCACAACUGCCACAAGCCAGACACGUAUGUCCAGCAUAUUAAGAGGAGAGACAUCGUUUUGAAGAGGGAGCUGGGAGAAGGUGCCUUUGGGAAGGUGUUCUUGGCCGAGUGUUACAACCUCAGCCCCACCAAUGACAAAAUGCUGGUGGCAGUGAAGGCGCUGAAAGACCCCACCUUGGCAGCCCGUAAGGAUUUCCAGAGGGAGGCAGAGCUGCUCACCAACCUGCAGCAUGAACACAUUGUCAAGUUUUAUGGUGUGUGUGGUGAUGGUGACCCGCUCAUCAUGGUCUUCGAGUACAUGAAGCAUGGCGACCUGAACAAGUUCCUGAGGGCACAUGGCCCAGAUGCUAUGAUCCUCGUGGAUGGGCAGCCUCGACAAGCCAAAGGGGAGCUAGGGCUAUCCCAGAUGCUCCACAUCGCUAGCCAGAUCGCCUCUGGAAUGGUGUACCUUGCCUCCCAGCACUUUGUCCAUAGAGACCUGGCCACCAGGAACUGCUUGGUCGGAGCCAACCUGCUGGUGAAGAUUGGAGACUUUGGGAUGUCAAGAGAUGUCUACAGCACUGAUUACUACAGGGAAGGGCCGCGUCCGAAGGGCCAGUUCAGCGCAGCGUGGCAGCGACAGAGACUGGCACCGCCGGCAGCUGCAACAGUUGGAGGACACACCAUGCUGCCUAUCCGCUGGAUGCCUCCGGAGAGCAUCAUGUACAGGAAGUUCACAACAGAGAGUGACGUCUGGAGCUUCGGGGUGAUCCUCUGGGAGAUCUUCACAUAUGGGAAGCAGCCCUGGUUUCAGCUCUCAAACACAGAGGUCAUUGAGUGCAUUACCCAAGGCCGAGUUUUGGAAAGGCCAAGAGUCUGCCCCAAGGAGGUUUACGACAUCAUGUUGGGCUGCUGGCAGAGAGAACCUCAGCAACGGCUCAACAUCAAGGAGAUCUACAAGAUCCUUCAUGCUCUGGGCAAGGCCACACCAAUCUACCUGGACAUCCUUGGCUAGCAGUGGCCACUUGUUGAAAGUCCCCACUCCUUCCUUCCGUCCUUCCUUCCCUCUCCCCCUCCCAAGUCCUUUACCCCUCAGCUCCCAAGCAAACAUCUUCAUAUAAACUCAAGUGCCUGCUACACAUACAACACUGAAAAAAACAAAACAAAAAGCAUACCAACAAAAAUCCCACAAAACAACAACCUGUAAGGCAGUUUGGCUUAUAUAUAUUUAUAGAUAUCUCUCUAUAUAUAACUUCCACACCAAUACAGAAAGAAGCUGCUGUUACAGAAAAUUAUAAGACUUUAAAAAAAAAGAAACAAAAAAGGGAGAAAAAAGUACUUAAGAAGAUAUAUAUAAUUAAAAAAAAAAAAAAAAAGAGAGAAAGAAAGGAGAAGGUGUCUUUCCCCCGAGCAAUGAAGCAGUGAAUUGUAACCCUGCUGUGAGUACGGUUCGGGCUGCUGGGCAGGGCUCUAGAUUGGCUACGGCAGUGACACCAUCCCGGGUAGAAGCCCUGGGAGGAAAGCCUUGCCCUGGUUGUAUGAUAUGCACUGAAUGUGUGAAAUCAGUCCUCCCUUUUCGUCCUUGCCUCCCUCCCUCCUUCCCAGCCCGCAGAUGAUGGGCGCAAAGCCAGGGCAGUGCCCCUGGAUGAACUCUCUUUUACCAACCCCUUCCCUCCCUCCCUCUCAGUCCUUCCCCAUCCCUCUCUGCCUUCCUGCCUUUUUCCUCCCUCCAACAUUUCAGGACAAUUUUUCUAAUUUGCUGAUUCUUAAAUGUAUAGACUCAAGGCUUUCGAACACACAGUCAAAGGAUUGUGGCACCUACGGGUAAAACACACACCGGGAACCAGCUGCCCUCCCGCAGACCGCAAGCCGGCCUGACCCAGACCUCCCUCCUGCCCCAUGCCAGCUGCUGCCAGGGCUGGGAGAGCAGCGGGACCAAAGUGGCUGUGCGAGGAAGUCGAGUGGGGGGGUCCUGGAGACCCAGUCCUGAAUCAUCCCCAACCCAUUUCAGUGUGCGAGACAGGAGUGCCGUUCACCCAGGGUGCCCAGCGCAGGAGCCAACUUUGGGAGGAACAACCCCCCAUCCCAACCCCUCCUUUUUCUCCCCACCCUGCACUUUUGCUAGCAGCCAUGGGGUUGUUCCCCCUCCCUCAGCUGUCUGCACCAGGGCCAAAUUGGUCUCUGGUGUAAACCUUCAGUGGACAGGGUUGGAUCCCUGCUCCCCUCGUGGGGGAAAGGCUGCAGCGUGCAGACAGCUGGGAGCGUGCCUGCAUCCCGGCUGGGCAUGCCUCUGGGGUCAGCACAUCCCAGCACUCUUUCUCCCCACCCUCUUCCCUUCCCCAUGCCUGCCCCAUGCCUCAGUCCAAGCCUCGGCACGAGCCAGCGGGGGACAGGGAGGGGGACAAGGCUUGUGAGAUGGCUGGGAACCUACCAACACCUGCCUGCAGCCCCCUUGCCAUUCUCCUCACGUCCCCAUCCCCUGAAAGGAUUGAUGCAUCUGCCUUUGAGCUGUUGUGAAAUGCAGAGGCUGAAGAAUAGCUCCACAGGCAGCCCCGGGAGUGGGGGGGGAAGGAGGGGAAGGUGCCUUCAGGAGCAGACGGCUCAGCGGAUGGCCGCAGCGGCCAGCCUUGCAUCUCAAUGAGGAUAAAGGCCUGACAGGCAGCGACAGGGGGUGGUGGGGACAGUGAGGGAGAGACAGAAGCAUCCUCCCUAUAGCCCAUCUCCCUCGAGCAGGAAAUAAUCCCGACCUGGGGAAAGGCUGAGUCAGACGCUGAAUCCGGUCAGUCCAGACUGGGCUGAGACUACAAAACAUUUCUGGGUCUUUUUUCAUGUGGCUAAUGGAGGAUGAGGGGAAACUCAGCUUGGCAGCUGCUCUCAGGAGGCAGGGAGCGGGCGGCACAGGCAUUGUCAAGGCAAUUUUGAGAAGGCAACAACCAUCGGCACAAAAAUAGCCUGCUCGAAUGUGGCGCUUGCCUGGAACGGAAUGCAGAUGGGGGAAGAGGAGAAGGAAUCUUGGCUCCUUCUCCAUGGCCAGAGUAGUGUUCAAAGCCAGGAUGCAAGAGGAGAUAGGUGACUCUGGUUAUGGCUGGUUACUGAAAGGGAAAAUUUUGCAUCCUCUCCCUUGUCUCUUGCCAAUCUCUACCUCCCACCCAUGGCUCUGGCAUGACCUGGCUUAUGGUUUCAGACAGAGGGAGGAGACACUGCUACAAUGAGGUUUGUGGCAGCAGCAGUGGCUGUGGGUUUAUUCUGUGCUCGUGUAGAGAGCAGUGCAAGCCUGGUGUGCGAGAUGAUGGGCGGCAGUAACCAUGUGGGAGUAAGGAUGUAACCUUCCUCUGCAUGAUAGUGAGAUCCGGGCUAGUGGGACAGACUUGUGCCAAUGGAGGCUGGACAGACUGCCGCUGAACAGGCACCAGCAGCUCACAGCACGGACACCAAAGAUGGCAUGGUCAGGCACAAGGGUGUGGACCAGUGCCAGGAGUCCACACGCAGGAACCAUGCCACCCCUCAAUAGCAGGAUCUUGCUCCUUUGGGAGAGGACAUCCAGUUUUCCUCUCCUGUCUACUUAGCCACCUUUGAAAGUGAAAAAGAUUGGUUGAAGGGUUGCUAGCCCUGGCCUGGCUGCCUUUGUAUGCAGGCUGCUUUGGCAAAAAGGGCUGGAGAUUCUGUACAAGGGGAGAACAAGCAAUGGCUGCUAAUUGCCCAGUGUCUCCAAAAGAAAACGCUUCCCUGGGGCUGCUUGUCUCUUACCCCAAAUGGCUUCUUGCUCUUGUGGCUCCCAGGCACUGUGCCAGAUUGUGCAAGGCCACCAUUUUGUCCACCCUUCUCUCUCUCGCUCUCAUUUAUUUUUUGGCCAAUGUCAUGGGCCUUUACACUAUCAAAUCACCUACAGACACUGUUCCCAUAGUCUGUGAGAUUCCCCUGUCACCAUUCUGCACAGCAGCUACAUCCUCCUUUUCUUCCUUCUUUCCUCCUUCCCCUCCUCCCCAGCAUCACCACCCUGUCCCUUGUGCCACCUCUUUUUACGGUCAUGACAGCAAGGCAAGCUUAGGAGUCGAGCAUGACACUGAGCCUUGCUGCUGCAUGGUUAGGAAUAAGUAGACUAUGAGAGGCAAGGAGAUGGGUCCCCAGAAGAUGUGAAGUGGGUGAGACCAAGGUUCAGGCUGUCUGACUGCUUUACUGUUAGCCCCACCAUGUGCAGUGACUGCCUCAGAGAAAGGUCCUUUUGUCAAAAAGUUAAUUGUGAACAAUUGCUCAGAAGAACAGGAUAAGCUGCAGUUCUGCGAUGUGAUGCCUCUCCAGCUGCUGCUGCUGCCUUAUGUCCCUUGGCCUGUUGGUGCUGGACGGAGGUUUGUUGGGGUGGAGGAGGAGGAGGUUGUUUUGUGUUCGAAGACAUGAUGGAAACUGCUGCAUCCCUUUUUGGCAUGACAGUUUUGGAGGGGAAGAGGGAAAGCAGCUGUGCUGAGUUCCUGGAGAACACCCUGAGACCUCAUUUCCAGAGGCACCUUCCCUGGACCAGAAGCGGAGCUGCCCAUCAGCACGGGUGAUGGUGCUCUUCCCUGUAGGAAGAUGGGCUCUGGAGUGGCCCCACUGCGUGUAAGGGGAGGAAGAAGAGCAGAUCUGGGGGGAAACUCUCACAGAGUGCCAUAAAUCUCAGUGUGGGGACUGUUUGGAGGCAAAGAGAAAUAAUGAGCUCAUGCUCCUUCUCCAUUUCCAGGAGAGAUACUUCCCAUUGCCCUGCCUCUAUUAAGAGCAGAGAGCUAUCCCUGCUGCCUGGGAACACUGACAGGUCUCACCCAGCUCUGGGGCAGGCCAGGCCUAAUUCCCAGCAUGUCCAGGCAGAUGUUCCCACCACCUAGCCUCUUCCAUCUGCAGUUUUCUCAAGGGGCUUGCGAAAGGUAGCUGGGAGGAACAGUGGUCUGAGCACUGCUGAGAAGUGGCCAUGGGGUUUCCCUGUCCCAGCUGCCUCCUGCUCCCUAAAAAUUAAAAUUGUUAUCACCAACUCAGUCACCCAAGGGUGUCACUGAAAUGAUGCUUUCUUGGAGCUGAAGGUGCUAUUUUGGUGCAUGGUACAGAUGGCAAUCGUAUGCCAGGGCUGCAAAUUGUGGGCAGUAAAUGUGGCUCCAGCCUUAGGGUCUCAUCAGUGACCUGUCUUGUCUUCUCCAGCCGUUACUUUUCCUUCCACCCCAGGCUGUCAGAUUGCAAGAUGAAAGCUGAAAUGUAGCAAAGGGAAGACACGCAAUGAUCUACCAGACUGAAAGGCCAUCCUGUCUCCCACAAAGCUUGCCCAUCUGGUCUUUUUAAAUGUCCCUCAGUGCAUGUAUUUUGGGGGUGAAAAAGAGCCUGGGCUGCCUCAUUUCAGGCCUGUCCUUGUGUCCACAGGGUGUUGAGUUGCAGACAGGUGACUCUGGGAACGUGCCACACAGACAAAUGUGAAAAAUCUGGAAUGCCUUUAGAGAGGCUGCUUGCUUGAGAGACAUUGUUAGCUUUGAGCUGUCUGCUUGUCCCCAGGAGUGGGUGGAACAAGGUGAGAAAAUAUGUGGGGAAAUAAAAAAAGCCAGGGAAAGGGAAAGGCUGGUUUUAGAAGGCAAGUGAGUAUCUUGGGUUGGGAAAUUGAGACUGGUUUCGGGAGUGUGGUGUAGAAUUUUAAGUAGCACAGUGGAUGCGAGCAAAACCAAAAGAAAAUAGCAACAUACUGGAGCUCCAGGAAAAGUUAGCUAUAACACUGGGCAAAUACUAGUUUAAAAAGGAGACAGAAGCCAAUAAAAGCAAGGGAACAUUUAUGCAGGCAGAAGACAAAAUCAUUAGGGUUUGUGCUUUUUUGUGAGAUGGUUUUUUUUUCUAUAAGAAAAUACAACUAAAAGAAGGCCUGAAAAAGUUGUUUUUUUCAGGGCCACAGACAGAAGUAUAAUACUACAUGAGCUGUUUCCUUUCAUGUGAAAGGCUCGUAUUUCCCAGAACUCAAAUGCAUGAGUUUCCUUGAGUUCAGGAUAUGGGUUGAAGAAUGCAGACCUGGGUCACCGCAAGCCCACAAAACUGGAGUAAUUCUGAAUGCUUGAUCAGCAGGCAUUCAUGUGCCAGUCUGGGUGGAGACAGUAUUUUGUUCAGCAUGUCAUCUUCAGAAGUUUUUUUAAAUCUUUCUCAUUUUCCUGCCCCCCCCCCACCGCCCAGGGAGUAUCCACAUCCUUUGUCCAACUGUGACUCCCAAUGGUUAAUGAAAAGGCAAUGCAAGUAGCUGAAUUUUUGGUGCAUCAUAUGUCCAUCUAUGCUUCCUGAUCUGGCCAGGAAUCAGCUGAACCACCACAGCCAUGGCUCAUACCCAAUAUUUUCGUAACAGCUGUAGGUAUGUUCUCUGGUUGUAAGGCAAUGGUGAGGAUAAGCAAGCUGAAUAAACGGGAUCCUGGCUAUGAUACCAUGCUGUAGUGGCUCCUCUGAUAGCUGGAAGGCUAUGGGCAUCAACAGGGCUUCUCUGCUAUGAGAGUCAGCAGGCACAGGCAUGCUUUGGCACAAUCCAAAAGGCUUGUUCUCCAUUCAAAUGCAGUGGCUUUCUGACAGAUGGUAAGGACAUGGAGCCUUGGCAUAACAGUCUCCACAUAAGUACCAAAAGUAGAAAAAGAGAAAAUUCUCCUCUCAGCACUGCUUUCCAGGAGUGGACAAACUUGCUUAACUCUAAGGUGCCUUUCCUGCACCCACCCCGAGACAUGUCUUAAAUCAGUAUGCAUUUAAUGUUUCUUUAAGUAGCUGCUAAGCCUAAAAAAUCUUUUCCCUUUGCCGCUUUCCUUGCAAGCAGGGAUAUUGAGUUUCAAGCCUGCAGAAAGUAGGUGUUUUCAAAACAUCCGUUCUGGCUGGCAGUGUCAUAAAUGACACAGGCAGAGACGUCAAUCACUGCUCCAAGAGGAAUGCAGGAGCAUUCCAUCUCUCCUGUGCCUCUUAUUCCUUUCCAGUACACUACUGAGCCAUGAAACGGCUCCCUGAGAGAAGUGAUAGGAGUCCCAUUGCUUACAACUUUGAGAAACUGAACUAAGGAAAGAGAUAGGAGACCAAAGAGGAAGAAGGACAAAAUCUUACAGCCUUCUUCAGGGGCUGAACUAAGUGAGCUGAUAUAGGCUGUUUUCAUCUCAAUGGCUUGAGUUUCUCACAGACCCCGUCUGACAGGUCUUUUCAGACUAAAGGAAUGAUCACUUGUUCCUCCUCCCUUCUGCUAGUCCUACAAUUUUAGCAUCUCUCCAAGGAUAAAGGAGGCACAACAAAUCUAACCAUUGUUUCUUCACACUGUCAGGAGUCCUCUAUAGGAACUGAUAUUCUGCCCAGCCCAAGUGACUGAUCCUACAGCUGAAAACUUAAGCAGUUGUUCUGAGGGCGUGUUUAACUGCUGAACUACUGGCUGCUUAGGACAAGGUCCCAGCAGGGAAGGACUGAGAUACCUCUAAAGAAAAUCAUAGCUCAUGUCUUCUUGCAUGCUUUCUCUCGCUCUCUGCUGGUUUCCAACCUCCCCAAUCUUUGCUGCUUGAUACUUAGAUAGCUGAGUUUCUGCAUUCACUCCCUUUUCAGAGCACAGAGAGCUGGUGAAGCUGUUUGAUUUCAAUGUAGUAGGUGAGAUAAGAUUUCUCCCCCCUGCCCUCUUCUUUUUCUCCCUGCGCGGCUCCUGUCCUUGCAGUUCUCAGGACUUGACUAGCAGAGUUUUUAAAUGAAGUGAAAGUCUUAAUGUGAGGUGAAUCCCAAGACCACAAACAGUUUGGACUUCAAACAGUGAGAAAAUUGGCGCCGAAUGAUUCCGCACACAAAGCAGAAAACUUUCAUUUCCUGCAGGCAGGAUGGAAUUGACUGUUAUAUUAAGACUUCAGAAGGAGCACUGCCCCAGAGUAAUUUCACUGCUGUCAGGCAGUGUUGACAUCUAGAUUAACCUCUGUGCAGUGAAUUUUACAGCAAAGCUCAUUGUAAUGCAUGUGGGGUAUCUCCUGUAAAUCCCAGCUGAGGCCCAUAGUGUCCCACCCUUCUGCACAGGAGAAAGGGUCAGGGAGCAGCCACUAUCAUUUUUGACCCCAGCAGAGCGUGACUCUAACCUCAUCCAGGCCAGUUCUGCUGAAACUGAUUUUCUACCAUGCUAAAGUGACAGGAGCUCCAGCCUGUAUUUUUUUUUAAUUCCCCAAAGAGGUUUACAUCACAAGGCUGACAUUUUUUGCCAGUGACAAACAGCUCCCUUCACGUAUCCACUCAGCAACACAGUCCUAAUUAAAAGGCACUAGUUAACCAGUGGCAAUUAGCUGCUUGCACUGAUUAACUCCAACAUAUACAAUCCCCACACACAAUACUCUGAUCAGACGUGAUCCAGGACUAAAUGGCAGACAAACUCCCAGCUGACAUGAGGCGACGGCAUCCAAUCUUACCCACCAGCCCACAGGCACACUAUUUAACUCUGUCUACCAAACCAAAAAUGCAUGAAUUAAAGAAGUUCACACAGUUCAUUCAGUGCAAGUCAGAGGACAUUGCAAAAGAAGUCUAUUGACUCCUGAACUGAAUGCUCCCACUGUUAAGUUGGAAGCAUAGGCCAGACCCCAAGCCCUUUUGUCUUUUGCUGUAAGACCAGGUCGAGCAGCAAGAUUUCCCAGGCAGGAGCACAACAGCCUCUUCACUCUUGUGUGGGUAGAGACAAUCCUGUCUGUGGUUCUCAAGAUGCAUCUCUGAGAGCACUUCUUUGUGAAAAAAAAAACACUAGCAUCUAAAAAAACAGAAGAGGAAGGGAAGGGGGUUUUUUGUGUGUUUUUGCCACACCUUCUUAUUCAUACACUUAUUUUCAUACUUAGACAUUGCUCUGCAGUCAUCUGCAGGAGGUUCUAGGCAAGAGACAAGCUAUCAGGUGCCGAACAGAUUAGCCACUAACCCUAAGGGCAAAUUCUCAAUAGUACUUCUAGAAACCUCUUUCAGAGCCCACCCAUCCUCUCAACUACAGUUCUUCAUAGUAGGCUUACCGUUAUAUUUGUCAAAGACUUUGGAUAGCCUAUGAUGAGGGGACAUGCCCAUAGUUACCCCUCAUCUUCAGAUGGAGUUGUGUGCCCCUGGCAUUUCUGUAAUCAGGCCCAUCAGGAAGAUUGCUUCAAACUAACAUUUACUACCCCCAAUCAGAACACAGAUGAAAAGGCUACCCAAGGUUAUAGAGAAGGUCAAGCUGUUGCUUUGGACUAGAAUUUGCUUUGGAAGAAAUUUGAUGGACCAAUUCAACCACCAUAGCCCAUCAAAACCUGGUGGCUUCAUUUAAAAAGUAAUCAGUAUUGUAUUUCGCUUUAGACAUCCGUGCAUUAGUGUUCUGCAAAUAUGAUUUCCUCUUUGUUUGCAUUAUUGAUGCCAUAAAAUGUCAGACACAUUAAAGAAAAAAAAAAGAGGCCAACCUUUGGGGUUUGGAAUGAUUCUGACUGAAUUGCAGUUGGGUUACUUUUCUUUUUAUUUCCCAUGGUAGCGAUGCACUGUUACUCAUUCUGCUAUUGCUUUACAAAGAGUUCUCUGUAAGUGUAUUUAUACAACCAGCCAUAUUUCAGGAAACACAUAACCUUGACAUUUUUUUGCUGUAUGUGGCAGUGUGUGUGUGUGUGUGUGUGUUGUGUGUGGGGGGAGGGAGGUGGAACUUUUUGCAAGAGCCCUCCCAUGUCUGGUAGUAUGUUGGCUUUGUGCAAUGGUGUGUGUCUCCCUUCUGCUCAGGUGGCUGGUUUGAUUUAAUCUCAAGAACUGACUUCUGUGAUCAGGAUUUGAGGUCUUCUGGUUUUACACUGCCCAGAAUCUACCAUCUGCUUUCACCAUUCAGCAGCUGUCUGCUAUCCACAAUGGUUCCUAGAUGUCUGUGCCACAGAGAUUACACAGAACUUGAGUCUCAGGCAUGCGAUAGAGGAGUUUUAGCUCAUUCUGGUCCUGGACCAAUGGUGAGUUUGCUGAUUUAGUUUGGUUCCUACACUCCUCCCCACCCAAGGCUCACUGACUACUGUUCCCAAGGCAAAUACUAUUAGCUACUCAGUGCUUUUUCUCCCAGACCAUUAAAGUGCACUGGCCUUUGCAGCCUUAUGCUUUCUGCCUCACCUUUCUAUGACAAAUGCUGAACCAUUGUUCAAUUUUCCUGUGAACCUUUUGGAAGAAUGUAGGGAUUUUCAUCAGUGGUAAGAUUUCUUUUCAGCUUUUCCUUCCAGUGACAGCAGGACUUGGCAGCAGGGGGAGAGGGAUACAGUGGAGCAGUCUAAGGAGGGGACUCAACUAGGACCUAGACUACAAGGUCAUCUGUUCACCUACUAGGGCCUUGCCAGCUUCAUACAGCAAGAAUACCCCAGCUUUUCAUGAGCAGCUUCCUGCCCAGCUCUCUUGUUCCUACUCCAGUUAUGAGGAAUGGCCUUCAGAUGACCUUCAGAUCUCCUUAUCUUCACAGAUUCAUCUCGGGGAUAUCCAAAGAGCCCAAAGAAGAGAUGACAGGGGCUGAAUGGGUGUGUAAUUCAGUGUCUUUCUCCCCCUUUUUCAUCAGGGGCAAAGCUAGCGAAAGUGACAGAACAGAAAAAUUGUUUUGCCCAACAGGAGUGAUCCAGUUUCUUUUUAAAUGCAGAUAUUUAAGAUGCCAUGCAGCAGUACCUAUAAAUAUGCCUUGAAAUGUUGGAUGAGCACAAGGCAUCUAUUUGAUUUUGUUUUUAUGCCUGUAAUUCCUCUCACCAAGAAUUCAGCUGCUACUCGGCUCCCAGCAGGUUGUUCUGAUUGCUGGAGAGAUGGUUGGGAUUGAUUCCGGCUGUGAUCUGUUCGGGUCCAGCUUCAUUCUUAUAUAGCUAGAUUGAGACAAUAGAAAUAAUCAGCAAGGGACUGAAUUGCUGUUCCUGUGUAACUAAACCUUCUUGUGCAACACCAGGCAAAACCGUGAAGGGGUUGAACACCCACAACUUUGUCUGAAGUCAGUAAAGGCUGUGGAUACUGAGAAGCACUGAAGAUCACUAUGAUGUUAGGAACAGAACGGCAGGAGAGAGGAAGAGAAAUGCUACAAGAAAAAACCCAAACAUUGUAUCAGAAAAGACAUUGGUUGGUUUCUAAUACAAGAAAAUCCACUGCUGUACAUGAGAAAAGACUCAGAAUACUCACCCUGGCAACCAAGAAAAGUGGCCAUCAGGACAGGAGCAGCUCUCUAUCCUGCAAACUUCCUCUCAUUUUUAAUUUCCUAUUUCUCCUUCUUUUGCUAUUACAGAACAAAUCCUGGCUUAUGGCUUUCUUGAAAACUGAAAUUAAGGUAAGAGGCAGAUUUGGAAGAGGAAGGGAGAGACCAGAUCCUGCUGGAUGAUAGGACAGCUUUGUAGCGCAGCACCUUUCCAGUAGCAAGUGUCUGGUGUACCCCUUCUUUUUUUUUUUUUAGUACAACCCCUAUUUGGCGCAAGUAGUGUUCACAAUGAGGAUAAACCCGUUCAGUCCCCAAAACGAAUAAUAAAAAAAGCUCCCAGUAAGCUGGAGAUUUUAGCGGACCGACAGACGUCGGGAACCGCGGCCCUGCGGAUCAGCACCACGGACAGCGGCACCGCCCGCCGCGGCCCCGGAGCCGCCCGCGCCGCUUCCUCCCCUCUUGCAGCAGCUCCGGUUCGGAAGGAGCUCCGCUUUUGGGGAAGGAACUCCACUUUUGAAGGAACAGGGGACCUCAUGCCCACACUGGUUAGGGCACGGCUGUCUCGCCCUUCAUUCUUUUCUCCCAUCCUUUUUUCUAGUGUGAAAUCGUUAGCCAGUAUCUUGCUUUCAAGUGAUGUGGAGGUGGGACGGUUUCAAACACAAAACAAUCAAUCCAACGCGAGAGAGAACCGUUUUUCCUUCAGAAUUAAACUCCCUGCCCCACUUCUUCCUGCACUGGUGUCCACCUAUGAGACUGCAUCUCUAAUUUGGACUGUGUAAGGUUCCUAUCUUCUCAUCUAUUGGGGCAGUUUGACAAAUGGAGAGCUAUUAUACUGCUAGCCCUUUAGAAACAGAGUAUUUAUUUUAUUGGCAGCAUCACGUGAUUCAGCUUUGGCCAUCAACUAAAUUUCCUGCUGGUAAAGGGUAAACAGACAAACCUCUUGGAAAAUUCAAAGGGGUAUAUAAAUGACACUGUGGCCCCUGAAAGUUGUUUUUGACAUCAACCCAUAAAAAAGCCACAUUACUGUGUAGUGGAGAGUUGUCAGAAGAGUCAGCCAAAGAUGAAGACCCAUGCAGGGAAGAGCAGGCAUCAACAGGCAAGACUCCAAACGGAGCAGCAGUCAGAUCUCACAAAAAAGGCAGGUACUUCAGUAUCCAGCUUGCUCAGCCUGCAUACUUGGGAUUUCUUCCCACUUGUCUUCCUGGAUCACACUAAGGAAGAUAUAACCUCAAAUUAGGGUUGAACAUCUCCUGAACCUCAUCAUCAUGGUGAGCAGCUAUUGGGCAGGAGCAUGCAGGCCCAUUCCAUCCAUGAAAAGUUUAGUGUAAGAAAAGCCAGAAAAGUGGGCUAGAAAGUUGGGCUAUUCUCCCCCACCCGACACACACUGCUUCCUAGAAGCACUUUCCUCUGUAUCCAAUCUCUCACAUACUCCCCAGCUCUCAUUGGCACUUACUGCAAUAGGACAUCUGGAUGGACACUCGGAGACAGGGAGGACCAGGAAGUGGCUGAGACACAAGACCUCAAAACUUUUAAGUAAAAAUACUGAAAAUGAGGAAUUGAGGCCAGACUUCUGAUGCUUAAGGCCAUCUGGAAGUCAGAAAGGAUGAGCUUGCAGGGUAUGGCAAAGAUGAUUUAAAAAGAAGCUCAGAGAACAAAUGGUGCUAACGGAAGGGAGCAAGGAGGCCUACUGGGACACAGGGAGAGGAAGGAAAUGGGCAAGGACUUAAUUCCCAGAGAGGGACCAGCGAUCGUGAGGGUACUGAAAGUCAGACGUGAGUUGUGGCAAAGCAGAAGAGAGCCCUGGUUGGGGAAGAACUAUGGAUGUGAGGAAGCAGACGCUACAAAAUGAUGUGUGCUCAUCUAAAUGAGUCCUGAAGGUUUCUCCAAACCUUCAGCCUUGCUGGGCUUCUCCCAGGCCCACCUUCUCUGCUUCAAACCCUUACACAUACCAUAAUUUUCCCUGCAUUUAUUCUGCUCUCUGAUGGCUCUGGUUUCAGUACAAGCAGGCUAGAUUGUUUUAGUCCCCCUCAUUCCCCCUGCUCAGCCCCCACACCCAGCCAAUUCCCCAUGUGAAGGAGAAUUGCCUAUAUUUUUUUCUUUUUCCUUUUUUUUUUUCAGAAGUGUCCUUUAGAUUUUCAGCUAAACUGGGAGGCAAUUUCUUGCAUGAGAGCUUCGUAUAGAUAGGCUUAAAGCAGAACAAAAAGAAAUAAAUAAAUACACUAAAUUACCUCCCCCUCCCCCACCUUGUCUUAAUGAAGUGCUAUUUUACAUAAGUUAUUUCACUAGAAAUGAAUUAUUUUUGUGCAGGCAAACGAUUGACAUUGAUUUAGCUUACAGUGAGUGUUACAGCUCCCUCUGUCUCUUCUCGGUCAGGCAAGGAGGCAAGGUUUCCCCAGGUAAAGGUUGAGGAUACACAACCUUCUUGGGUGAAGGCUGUCUUGGGGCCUUCAGGCUGUGUUUGGGAUGGUGUUUAGGGGCUGCACUGUGCACUUGCCUCCAGUAAUUUCUGCAAGACAUCUAUAUUGAAGCAGUAUUGUCCGUCAGUGGCUUGUGUGGCAGUGUGAUGGCCUAGCAAGAGAAACCACUGUGGUUUCCCGUGCUGGCAGUCCUGCCACAAGGAGAAACACCCAGCCUCCAGAAAACUGCAAGGGUAGACUUCACAUCCAGGAAACUGCUCCUACUCCCAGUUGAACUGCCCUUCAACGGUGCAGGCAGGCUUGGGCCCCAGAAGGUGCUGCUCCACAGCUCGCUCUGGCAGGCGAGCGGGUACUGAGAGGAGGAUGGGAGGAUGGGACUACAUCUCAGAGGAAAGACAUUUUGACAGCAUUUUUGUUGUUACUAUUAUUUAAACUAGCUUAUUUUAAUCUCAGAUAAUGUCACUGAAAAUCUGCAUGAGCAGAAAACAAAUCCUCUGGUGAUGUAUGCUGAAUUGAUUUUUUUUUUGGCAGACUUUUUUUACCCCAUGCACCAAUCCACGUUUGCUUAGUUGAGGGCUUUUUUUGCAUCUUUUGAAUCCUAUUUGCCAUUUUGCAACUGAAUUGCUGGUUCUCAACCAUUUCCAUUCUGCAGUCUCCCCUUCUCCAAAUCAAAACUCACCAUUUUCCCCUGCUGGGAACAACCCAGGUUACCUCUCAAGGGAGAACCUGGUGAGAGCAAGGUGGUCGUGAUCUCUGCCUGCCCAUCCCACCUCCACUGGCUCCAACUCAAAGGAUGAGGAACCCUGAUCUGAGUAUUGGCCAAGGUAGGGUCCCUGCUUCUCCCCUACCUGCCACAUCACAUGCAUCAAGCACGCUGCUACCCUGGAAGGAGGUGACUGAUACAGUGUUAGUCAGACUUACAAGAAGACUUUUUAAAUUAAAGAUUUGCAGUGAGGUCAAGGGACCUUUUAAAGUGCUGAGGUAUUUACCCUCCCCAGACCUUCCCUUCCUUCCUGCCCUGCUUUGUCCCUUCCUCUCUCCCCAGCCUUGAAAUGAAACAGAAAAUUAUUUUUUUAAAACUGUGUCGAUAAUUUAUGUUUAGUAUAAAGGAUGAUUUAAUGGCAUCACCAAAGGUCAUUUUUUUCAUCUCCCUGCCCCAGCCCCAGAGGCUGUGCAUCCCCUCUUCCCCAUAACUCCACUGCCCUCCCUUUCAUUCACCUCACACCCCACUCUGUCACCACCCCACCACAGCGUACCACACACCAGAAACCUGUUUCAGGUUCAGCUAAUGACCGUUGGAGAACAGAGAUUUCACACCGAAACCUCCACUCCAGACCACCACAAACUGGAACCAUUUCCACCUUGAAAAUAGUCAGUUGCUGCAAAUGAAAGGCAGACUAAUUUCUUGAAUUACGUAAGUUUUUUUUUAAAGCCUUUUAUACCUAUUUACGUGUGUGCGUGCGUGCACCACGUGUACACAGUGGUAUCUGUGUGCACAGAUGCACACAAAUCUCUCUCUCUCAAAUAUAAAUAUAUUGUAUGUUAGAGCUGUAAAUAUUCCUUGGUCAUGUGUCUAUGUCUUCUUCAAAGUAUCAUAUCCUCAGUGUUAUGUUAACAACUCCAUUUAUUGAUUGAUGAAACUGUGUGUAGACCUGUACCCUCCUGACAUAGUUUAUGUAGCUCUCUCUUCUCAAAUAAAGUACAAAACUACCACUA